AUGCCUAGCCUCCGAGGCAUCGAGAUUUCCAUCUCUACGAGCCCAGACGAUGAACGAAUCCCCGAGUACCCGCAUCCAGAAGGUUCGAGAUGUCCAGCUCGUAGCUUCUCUCAGACUGUUCCCGACGAUAUCCCCAAGAGCUUGGCCACGACCUUUCACCCAACCCCGGCUCAGUACCACAAGUAUGGGCCGUCAGUGUCUGUCUACAUUCCAUCUGUUUCUGGAACUCGUUUCUCAAUCAACUAUGCCGUCAAUGCUCCGCCGCCUUCCCCUUGCAAGUUUGUUUUCUUUCGACUCUACAUGAACGCCAGGCCCAUUUCCGCCUGGGGGAUUGAACCAGCUGUCAAGGAUAAUGGAAGGGUAGUCAAGUCCCUCUGGGCGCCAACAUCUCGAUACAUGGACCAAGUCGGGAUCGAAAGCCGCAACUUCGUCUUCUUGCCAGGCCAGGAGCACAAAUCUGUGGCAGAGGAUGGCGGUUUGAUUGAGAUACAAGCCUUUCGCGCUAAAGCACGGCGGGCUAGAGCUCCAAAGCUGGAAGAAUAUCGACUCCAAGACAACUAUGGCAUAGCGGCUCCCAGUGUUGGUCUUGUUGAACAACCUCAAGACAUGUGUUACUACACCUUCAUAUUGAUGGAUCCCAAGGAGUCACCCUUUGCCUCGUUCCGUUUUCACUACCGCACCUGGAGUAACCUCGAGCAGCUGAACUUGAUCCCCACAAAGGAGCUCGACUUUCUCCGAAACAUCUCGCCAAACACAAAGCGUGAUAGCGGCCCAAGUAUCGACUCCACCGAGAACGGUUCAUCGGAAGAGGUCCGGUCUCCUUUGGAGAAUUCGGAUGAGGCAGUCUUUGACGACAGCGAAGAGGUGGAACAAGAAAACGUCUUGCGUCGCAAACCCUCGGUCUACGUGCUCAACACGCCACCCGAGCGGUUCCAGGUUUCCACAUCCAAGGCUGUGCUGCCCCAGCCGAGCAAAGCACUUAGGGAUUGCUACCGUGAGUCGUAUCUCCAGCGUCCUCUGCCAGAACUCCCCAUUCACCAGCCUUCUGGCAGACCUUCACGACGAUCCUCGGCUGCAUCUGCCGUCUCUGCAGUGUCGGGAGCUCCCUCGAUAACGCCUUCGCUUUGCCAACAUAUCGACGAUGACUCUUUUAGUUUGGAUAACACCGAGUUUGGCGUUGCAGCGGUAGCGAAGAGGGUUAGGUCGCCCGAGUCUGUGAGGCAGCUUGUCACCCCUGAGGCGGAUGAGAAUAUUGAUGUUGGCAACGAAGAGGAGUAUUCAAUUUCUAAUUAUGAAAUGUCGCCUCUUUCGACGAAUGGAUCGAUCACCGAGUCGAGGUUGUCUCCUGGGGGGUAUUACCCGAUGACAGGAAGCAAGUUUGAUAAUGGACUGGCGAGUUUUUCGCCACCGCAUCGACACCAAGCUGCUUACCCGCUCAGGCAGUAUACCAGGCCGCCGUCGAUGUCGUUUUUCCAUCCUCAGCAAGAGAAUCAUCAUCAGAAUAUUGAUCAGUUGAUCACUCAGCAGGAGACGCUGACGUUGACGGAGGCGCAGUGGAUGAGCCGCAGUCCUUCUCCUCCACAGACGACGCAAGGAGGAGAUGAUGGGAGACGACGUGUUUGGAGCCCGAAGGCGGCGGAGAGGGUUGGGAGUAGGGAGGGCCUUUUUUCUGGGUUGAAGAAGAAGAAGUUUAGUGCUUCACCUAGGAAGCUUGCGCAGAUGGUUAGGAGGAGGGAGGUCUCUGUUGGUAAUAAGGGGGAGACGGGGAGUGAAGGGAGUGGGGAGAGGGUUGGGAACUGGAUUUGA